GUUUGUUCUGUCUUGGUCACUUGUAUGAAUAAAAGUAAACUCAUAAUAUAAUAUCCCAGAGCAGAGACGCGAGUGUACAGAAGACGAGUUGUGGCAGAGCUCAAUGAAACGGAUGUGAUGAUAAGGGCGCGGAUGUGGGGUUUCCUAGAGUGAUAAAGCGCUGGGACUGUGGGACAUGUUCACAACCUCAGUAGCUGUCACCCCAACCACACUCCCGCUACUGCCAUGAGGUUUGACAGCAUCAGUAAUUACCUAUUAUGUGGUCACGGUGUCUGGGGAUGUUGUCAAACACUGAGUGGCGCUGAGGGUACGAGCAGUGUAGUAAGAUUCAUGGAUUAACACAGUGUUCAAGACGAUAAGGUGAUGGUGAAGCAGUGCGUGUUGUCAGCCCACGGCAGUACGAUCCCACCUGUUAUACCUGCCGGUGUGUCGUUUACGGUAAAGGAUCAAGGUAAAUGUUGUGUUCUGCGGCCGAGGAUUGUACUGUAUGUUAGCGCGCCAAGUGAUGCGGUGUAUGGAGUGCAAGGAUAAUAAUAGCGGUGCGGCUGGACUGACCUGCUGUCCCUGUGACGUCUGAAGUUUUAUUCAAAACAUUUGCCUUAGUUGCAGCUAUUUAAUAUAUAUAUAUAUAUAUAUAUAUAUGUUUACAGUUCUUAUAAAUUGAAGAAAAAAAGAGCAAUCCAGUUUCAGAUACAAUAAUUAAAACAUCAAGUAAACAGAAAACGAAGAUGAUAUAAUCUGUAACUCAAACAUUGAUGUACGUACGUGUGUCUGAUAAGGGCCACGCGUAACAGUGAUCAGUGAGACACCAGAGACCGUCGGACGUGAACACCACAAGAUACUCCCAUCAUCGACACCAGUGGACCUUCUAACUUCACCAGCCAGCCAUCCCGCGCCCCCUGUGCCAUAUACUCUCUACUAGUGACAAAUCCACCCUACCAGUGCCACACCCUCCCAACCGAGCAGUGAGAACCAUGUCACCCUCAGCAUCACCAGCCGGAGACAAUCACCCUUGCAGCUACCUGAAGAACACUGCCUGAGGAACAUUCGCUCCAGUACACCGCAGCGGGAGCCAUGGGUGUGGGUGAUGGGGGUAAGGGUGAGGCCGGCAGCGAGGGUGUGAAGGGUGGGUGGCGUGUGAAUGGGUUCCUCUUUCUUCUGACGGGGAGCCAGGGGGUUCUCCUCCCCUGGACCCCCCUCAUACUCAAGGCUGCUGGAUUCUCCGCCGUGGGUGUGGGUUUGAUGAUGUGCGUCAUUGCCCUGGGGUCAAGUGUAGGCGCCGUGGCGUGCCUGACGGGCGUGAGGCGGACACGGAGCGGGGCGGUGCGUCGACUGUUGCUGCUGGUGUUAGUGGCCACCGCAACCGCCCUCCAAGUGUCGGGCGUGGCCCUCCUGCAGCAGGGGGCGGGGGGCGACCUCAACCCCUGCGAUUACCGAACUCACUCUGCUGCUGCUCCUCUGCCACCAUUGGGCCUCCCCGUCAACACCUCACAACCAGCGUCGUCUAUAUCACCAUCAACAGGAGCACCGCCAUCAACAGGAGCACCACCAUCAACAGGACCACCACCAUUAACAGGAGCACCACCAUUAACAGGAGCACCACCAUCAACAGGAGCACCGCCAUCAACAGGAGAACCACCAUCAACAGGACCACCACCAUUAACAGGAGCACCACCAUUAACAGGAGCACCACCAUCAACAGGAGCACCACCAUCAACAGCACCACAACCACCACCACAACCAUCACCAAUACCACCACCACCUCCAACAUCACAAGAGAGGCCAUCGUCUUCAGUGGCACCUUCAACAGCAGUACACCAGGAAGUAGUCCUCGAGAACAACACUCAUAAUACGACGACCACUGAGAAACAUCUGGGAGGUGCAAUUUCACAGAAAACCACCACCACCACCACCAUAUUUACCAUAAAUUUCACCACUGAACCUGCCACAACUACCACCACAAUACCCCUGGUCCAUGAUCCCGUCUCCACAAUAAGUGAGACUGUCCUCCCUAAUCCUCAACUCUCGAACGAGGGAGUUUCCUCACCCGGUGGAAUGGUUCACGGCGGAGCAGCAACACCUGGAAGAGACGCAACACAACCUCCAGUGACGCCUCAAGACGAAGGUUUAGAAGACAAACACAAGGACAACACCCUCACACCCCCGCGGUACACUGGAUACCACCAAAGUAACAAGAAUAAACAUUCAAAAAGUAAGCAGACAAACCCUCGUCGACCACAAGAGCCUCAGACGGGCCACAGCCACGGAAAAACGACAACGGCGGGAGAGGAACAAGAUGACGUGAACAAUAACAAUCAAAUGACAAAUAACGGUGACAACAACAAACCGCUAGAGAAAGCUAAUGAUGACACUGACUACAACUACAGCGACAAUAAACAACAAAACCAAGAUUCCCAGAGAGAGUUCUCAGGUCACAUCCCAUCCCGGUACUCACUGAACAAACUCCCUGAACCACGGUUACCAGGAGAGUCAUCAACACACACCUCGUCGGUACACUCCAGCCCAGGAGAAACACCAAAGACUCUGUUGGACACUUCGGCUCGUGACUCCUGGAGUCCCAAGUCCUGGCUAGAGAGAGACGCAGUGCCACCACGGUCACGCUUCAAUCCCCUCGACCAUGAGACAAUAUCACUUCAGGGCUUCCCAGCAGUGGCUGAUAAAGGUGUCAGACCUGUGGAGACUGGAGGCGUGCGUGGGCGAGGUAUGCGACCCCCCGAGCCCCACUCCAGCAUCCUGUCACUCAACCAGGCCCUGGUACUCCUUCCUCACACCUCAGACAAUGCUGCCCUCACGUACCUUGGCACAGGCAACAGGUGGGAAGACUCAAUUUAUCAAUCUGCUCCUGAACUUGACCACCAAGCCCCAUACAGUCAGGAAUCCAGAAGUCAACAUCGCCAGGGUCACUACCUGAGCCCAGACGUCAGAUCACACUGGUCAGGUCACCACCGUAUCCGCCGCUCCCUUCAUAAUUCACAUAAUGAACCCAAAAAAUAUGUAGACACAACGGAUGAUACAGUCAGCCGAGACGACGUGAAUGACAUCAAGUCACCCACAGAGACACACAAUGGUACUGUAGCGAAGCCGUGGAGCCUCCCUAGUGGUGCGGGCGUGAAGACGGGUGUGGCUGUCCUGUUGAUCUUGGGCGGGCUUGUUGGGGCAGGUGUGGAGGCGGGCGUGGCUCAGCUGUGGCACUGUUACGCCCACGGAUAUGACGAGGGGGGCGUGAGCCACGAUAUCUUGCAGCGUACCAUCACCCACACCUUCAACCUGAGUGCCUACGCCGCCCACAAAUGGUGGUCACUCCUCACCUCGGGGGCGUGGCUGCUGGGCGGCGGCAUCCUCUCCAUUAUGGCAUGUGUGGUGGGCGUGAAUGUAGGGGUGUACGGCGGGAUGGCGGCGCACCUGGUGUUAAGGCAAAAAGUACUGAUAGUGCCCAUCCCUUACGGCUCAGUGGACCCACCCAGGACGCGUCGGCCGCUCUCACUCUACUUAGACGACGAGGUGUUGCGGGAAGGUGUGAGGCGCCUGACCUUCCAUUCGUGGGUGUUCGCCAAUGGCACCCUCGCCGCCUUCUCCUACACCUUCAGUAUCUGGCUACUGCAGGAGAUGACCCAACAGGAGUCGGCAUUGGCACCACAGACGGGGGCACUAGCCAUCACACUGGCAUCGGAAGGCUGGCACUCCACACGCAGCGGUGGGUCAUGUCCCGGUGUGGGCUUCAGGGGACCAUGGGCGUGGGCGGCGUGGGUUUGA